GGGGUCCUGGGCCAGUUGUGCAACUUCUGGGAGAGAAUUCCUGCCUCGCCGGGUGGCUGCGUAGACGUGAGAGAACUCUACAGAAGUCCUCGGAGGAGGCCCAGCCUCGUGAUGAGGAAUAGCAAGGAGAGAAUUCAGCUGCAGUUCAGACGCCUACAGAAGCUGAGGUCUUCACUGCUCUCGUAAGGGUUCCAGCUUCCCUCCUGCCAGAGAUGUUCAGCCUGGACUCAUUCAGAAAAGAUCGGGCCCAGCACAGACAACGUCAGUGCAAACUCCCCCCGCCCCGCCUCCCACCCAUGUGUGUCAACCCUGCCCCCGGAGGGACCAUCUGUCGAGCUUCGAGGGACCUUUUAAAAGAGUUCCCGCAGCCCAAAAACCUCCUCAACAGCGUGAUCGGAAGAGCCCUGGGCAUCUCACACGCAAAAGACAAACUGGUCUACGUGCACACGAACGGACCGAAGAAAAAGAAAGUCACCCUCCACAUCAAGUGGCCCAAGAGCGUGGAGGUGGAAGGCUAUGGCAGCAAGAAGAUCGACGCCGAGCGGCAGGCUGCUGCCGCCGCCUGCCAGCUCUCCUUGGGCCGAGAGGAAGAGGAAGAGGAGGAGGAAGAGCUAGAAGAGGGGACCAUCGAUGUCACUGACUUUCUGUCCCUGACCCAGCAGGACACCCCACUCAGGUGCAGCUGGCGGCGGGUGCAGGGGAGGCUCCCGGGUGUUCACUCUCUGUUCCCACUGUCUCCUUCCCCGUAGAACCUCAUGCAGUUUCACACCGUGGGCACCAAGACCAAGCUGGCCACCCUCACCCUGCUCUGGCCCUGCCCCAUGACCUUUGUGGCCAAAGGACGCCGCAAGGCGGAGGCUGAGAACAAGGCGGCGGCCCUGGCCUGCAAGAAGCUGAAGAGCCUGGGCCUGGUGGACCGGAACAACGAGCCCCUCACCCACGCCAUGUACAACCUGGCCUCUUUGCGUGAGUUGGGCGAGACCCAGCGCCGGCCAUGUACCAUCCAGGUGCCUGAGCCCAUUCUCCGCAAGAUCGAGGCCUUUCUGAACCAGUGCCCUGUGGACCAUGCAUGGGUCUCCCCGGAGCUCCGGCUGCAGAGUGAUGACAUCCUGCCCUUGGGCAAGGACGCGGGGCCCCUGAGUGACCCCAUCACCGGCAAGCCCUACCUGCCCCUGUCCGAAGCAGAGGAGGUGCGGCUGAGCCAGAGCCUGCUGGAGCUGUGGGGGCGGGGAGGGGGCGUGAGCCACGUCAUCGUGGACGAGGUGCACGAGCGCGACGUGAACACGGACUUCCUGCUGAUUCUGCUCAAGGGCCUGCAGCGCCUGAACCCGGGCCUGCGGCUGGUGCUCAUGAGCGCCACUGGCGACAACGAGCGCUUCUCCCGCUACUUCGGGGGCUGCCCUGUCAUCAAGGUGCCCGGCUUCAUGUACCCCGUCAAGGAGCACUACCUGGAGGACAUCCUGGCCAGGCUGGGGAAGCACCCGCACCCGCACCGGCGGCACCACGAGUCUGAGGAUGAAUGUGCGCUCGAUUUGGACCUCGUGACCGAUCUGGUUCUGCACAUCGAUGCCCGUGGGGAGCCAGGUGGGAUCCUCUGCUUCCUGCCUGGCUGGCAGGAGAUCAAAGGGGUGCAGCAGCGCCUGCAGGAGGCCCUGGGCCUGCACGAGAGCAAGUACCUCAUCCUGCCAGUGCACUCCAACAUCCCCAUGAUGGACCAGAAGGCCAUCUUCCAGCAGCCCCCCGCCGGGGUGCGCAAGAUCGUCUUGGCCACCAACAUCGCCGAGACCUCCAUCACCAUCAACGACAUUGUGCACGUGGUGGACAGCGGUCUGCACAAGGAGGAGCGCUACGACCUGAAGACCAAGGUGUCCUGCCUGGAGACGGUGUGGGUGUCACGAGCCAAUGUGAUCCAGCGCCGGGGCCGGGCCGGCCGCUGCCAGUCUGGCUUCGCUUACCACCUGUUCCCGCGGAGCCGGCUGGAGAAGAUGGUCCCGUUCCAAGUGCCGGAGAUCCUGCGCACGCCCCUCGAGAACCUGGUGCUCCAGGCCAAGAUCCACAUGCCUGAGAAGACGUGGGAGGAGGUGCUGCGCUGGCAGGACCGCAGCUCCCGCGAGAACUACCUGGAGGAGAACCUGCUCUACGCGCCCAGCCUGCGCUUCAUCCACGGACUCAUCAAGCAGUUCUCCGAGAACAUUUACGAGGCUUUCCUGGUGGGGAAGCCCUCGGACUGCACCCUGGCCUCCGCCCAGUGCAACGAGUACAGCGAGGAGGAGGAGCUGGUGAAGGGCGUGCUGAUGGCGGGCCUCUACCCCAACCUCAUCCAGGUGCGGCAGGGCAAGGUGACCCGGCAGGGCAAGUUCAAGCCCAACAGUGUCACAUACAGGACCAAAUCAGGCAACAUCUUGCUGCACAAGUCGACCAUUAACAGGGAGGCCACGCGGCUGCGGAGCCGAUGGCUGACGUACUUCAUGGCCGUCAAGUCCAAUGGCAGCGUCUUUGUCCGGGACUCCUCCCAGGUGCACCCCCUCGCAGUGCUGCUCCUGACCGAUGGGGACGUCCACAUCCGUGAUGACGGGCGCCGGGCCACCAUCUCGCUCAGUGACAGCGACCUGCUGAGGUUGGAGGGCGACUCGCGCACUGUGGGGCCAGCAGUCCUGGUCUCCCUCCCUGAGGCAGUGGUCCAGCCUGGCUGCCACCUCCAGGCCAGGCAGACGGGAAGCUCCGCGGGCAGCCGUGGCUCUGGGACCUGCACCCUCGGGGCCUCCGGUUGCGCGGCAGCCUGGCCACAGCUGGGCCUGCCCUGGGGCGUGGCCACAGCUCACGGAGGAGCUCAGCCGUGA